AUGUCACCCUUGGCGAGCAGCAACCUCCAGACCUUUCCCUCCAAGCCGCGCGUCUACAUCGUCUCCGAUAUAUCAAACGAGCCUGAUGAUGCCGAGUCGCUAUGUCGCUACCUGCUAUACUCUAACCAGUUCGACACUCAAGGGCUCGUCGCCUGCACUUCGAACUGGAUGAAGAACCGGACUUGCCCACAAGACAUGCUCAAAAUCAUCGACGCAUACGCCGGCGCCGUGGAUAAUCUCAACAAGCAUGUGCAUAUUGAUCACCCCUACCCGCCGGCUGACUACCUCCGUGAGCUUGUUCGGUCCGGACCGACUGUGUAUGGAAUGGCAGCAAUAGGUCCCGACGUCCCCAUCAGCCCCGGAGGCGCACACCUUGUGUCGCGCCUCGAAGCCUCGGCUGUGGACCCACGACCGCUCUGGGUACUCCUCUGGGGCGGCGCCAACACGCUGGCCGAGGCGCUCUUCCACACGCGCUCUCGUCCGGACGCGGCGCUGCUACGCUCCCGCCUCCGCGUCUACGCCAUCUCGGAUCAGGAUGACAGCGCGGCCUGGAUCCGGCGGACCUUUCCCGAAGUGACGUACAUCGCGUCGGUCCAUUCAUGGUGCAGCUAUGGGACGGCGGCGUGGACGGGAAUCAGCGGUGACGCCUACUACGGCUUCGACAGGGGUGGACCGGACGCCACAAAGAUAAGCAAGGAGUGGAUUAGGAAAAACAUACAGGUUGGGCCACUGGGCAGCGCAUACCCGGAUUUUAUGUUCAUUCCCGAGGGCGACACCCCGACCUUCCUCUACCUGAUCCAGAACGGACUGGGGGUUUCAGAGCACCCAGAGUAUGGAUCCUGGGGCGGGAGGUACGGGCUUGUUGACGUCGGGCCCAACGGCGGGCGACACUACGCCGACGUGACGGAUAGAGUGGUGGGCCAAGACGGCAGGAACUACAGGAGUAGCCAAGCGACCGUGUGGAGGUGGAGGGACGCAUUCCAGAACGAUUUUGCAGCACGGAUCCGAUGGACCAUGGAAGGGGACUUUGGCAGGGCAAACCACGCGCCUGUAGUUUACAUCGGCGACAGCGUCGGACCCGCGCCGGUAGAAAUCUCUGCCGAAGCGGGGAGCACCAUAACCCUGGACGCAAGCAGGACCUACGAUCCGGACGGCGACGAGCUCACGUUCAAAUGGUGGCAUUACCAGUGCCCCACUGCCACUCAAUGGUGGGUUGAAGCUGAGGUAGCGGAGCUGCAGAUCAAGGCGGUCGACGAUGAGGGCAAGGUAGUGGAGGUGACGCUGCCAGGACCCGAAAAAAGCUGCUGCGAGAUGCUGUCGAGACGAGCGUUGGCGAAGGGUCAGCUGCUCCACUUGAUCCUCGAGGUCACCGACAACGGAAGCCCCGCGCUGACGACUUACCGGCGGGUGUUGAUACAGGCCACAAACGCCGAGUUGAGGGGCGGUGCAAAAGAAGCCGUAGAGGCGCUCAAGCAAGUCGAGGCACCUAUCCUAUCGCCAGGUCCCGGCGAGGUUCUUGUGCAUGUGAAGUGCACUGGUGUAUGCGGGUCCGAUGUACACUUCUGGAAGACGGGCGCCAUCGGCACGCUCGUGGUCGAGGGCGACUGCAUUCUCGGUCACGAAGCAGCCGGCAUCGUGCUCUCGACCGGCCCGGACGUGACGACGCUCAAACCCGGCGACCGCGUCGCCAUCGAGCCCGGCGUCCCCUGCAACAGGUGCUUCCUCUGCAGCGAGGGGCGCUACAACCUCUGCGAAGACGUCGCCUUUUCCGGCGUCUACCCCCACCACGGCACCCUGCAGCGCUACAAGGUCCACCCGGCCCGGUGGCUCCACAAGCUGCCCGACGGCCUCUCGUACGCCGAGGGCGCCCUGCUCGAGCCCCUGUCCGUCGUGCUGCACGGCGUCCGCCUCGCCGGCCUGAGUCUGGGCAGGGGCGCCGUCGUGUGCGGCGCAGGCCCCAUCGGCCUGAUCGCCUUGGCCGCGGCCAGGGCGUCGGGCGCGCACCCCAUCGUCAUCACGGACCUGGAGCCCCGGCGGCUGGAGUUUGCGCGCGGGUUCGUCCCGUCGUGCCGGACAUACCGCGUCGACCCGGCCCGGACACCCGAGGAGAACGCGCGGGGCAUCCGAGCCCUGUUCGGCUUGAAGGGUGGUGUGGUGCCGGACCCGGACGAGUACUCGGCCCCGCCCGUGGUUCUGGAGUGCACCGGCGUCGAGAGCAGCGUGUGCACGGCCGCCUUUGCGGUGCGGCGUGGUGGCGUCGUCAUGGUCAUUGGUGUAGGCAGGUCCGUCAUGAACAACCUGCCCUUUAUGCAUUUGAGCCUGGCCGAGAUCGACCUGCGCUUCAUCAACCGCUAUCGGGACACGUGGCCGGCGGGCAUCGCAUGCCUGGAGAGUGGGAUCUUGCCGGACCUAAAGAAGCUGGUCACGCAUGUAUUUCCCUUGGAAAAGGCAAUCGAGGGACUUGUUCUCGCCAGCGAUGCAAGAAACGGAAGUAUCAAGGUGCAGAUUGUGGAUGAUGUGGAUAUUAUUAGUGCGUGA